ACGACAAUUGCUUUGUGGCAGUGGCGGGGGAGGAAGAUGGCGGCCGCCUUGGUAUCCGCUGGAGGAGCGGGGUCAGUCCCAGCCUGGGGGCCCGAGGCUAUGGCCCCCGACUGGGAAAGCCGGGAAGUCUCCACAGGGACCACUAUCAUGGCCGUGCAGUUUGAAGGGGGCGUGGUUCUCGGAGCCGACUCCAGAACGACCACUGGGUCCUACAUCGCCAAUCGAGUGACCGACAAGCUGACCCCUAUUCAUGACCGUAUCUUCUGCUGCCGCUCAGGCUCAGCAGCCGAUACCCAGGCAGUAGCCGAUGCAGUCACUUACCAGCUUGGUUUCCACAGCAUUGAGCUCAAUGAGCCUCCGCUGGUGCACACAGCAGCCAGCCUCUUUAAGGAGAUGUGUUACCGGUACCGGGAAGACCUGAUGGCAGGAAUCAUCAUCGCCGGCUGGGACCCCCAAGAGGGAGGGCAGGUAUACUCGGUGCCUAUGGGGGGCAUGAUGGUGAGGCAGUCCUUCGCCAUCGGGGGCUCCGGGAGCUCCUACAUCUAUGGCUACGUUGACGCCACGUACCGGGAAGGCAUGACCAAGGAAGAGUGUCUGCAGUUCACUGCCAACGCCUUGGCUUUGGCCAUGGAACGGGACGGUUCCAGCGGAGGGGUGAUCCGCCUGGCGGCCAUCGAGGAGGCUGGGGUAGAGCGGCAGGUGCUCUUGGGAGACCAGAUUCCCAAGUUCACCAUCGCCACGUUACCGCCUCCGUGAUUCCUAGAAUCCUGGGGCACAGUAAGAGACGCCCCAUAGCGACGGAAGAUUCAAUAAACACCUGGUCAAAAAGAA